GACGUAGGGGCCGGCGGCGAGGGAAGCCGUGGCGAGGUUGAGUAAUGAGAACUUGGGCCCGGUGUUUUCCAAGCCUGGAAGGGCAGACCCUCAUGCCGGGAUGGCAGAAGAUGAACCCGAAGCUAAGAGCCCAAAGACUGGGGGUAGGGCCCCCUCCCGGAGUGCUGAGGCCGGGGAGCCUACCACCCUUCUCCAGAGGCUCCGAGGUAACAUUUCUAAGGCCGUGCAGAACAAAGUAGAGGGAAUCCUGCAAGAUGUACAGAAAUUCUCAGACAAUGACAAGCUGUAUCUCUACCUUCAGCUCCCCUCAGGGCCCAGUACUGGAGACAAAAGCUCAGAGCCCAGUACACUCAGCAAUGAGGAGUACAUGUACGCCUAUAGGUGGAUCCGUAACCACCUAGAAGAGCAUACUGAUACCUGUCUGCCAAAGCAAAGCGUUUACGAUGCCUAUCGGAAGUACUGUGAGAGCCUUGCCUGUUGCCGCCCACUCAGCACAGCCAACUUUGGCAAAAUCAUCAGAGAGAUCUUCCCUGACAUCAAGGCCCGAAGGCUUGGUGGCCGGGGCCAGUCCAAAUAUUGCUACAGUGGCAUACGAAGAAAGACCUUGGUAUCUAUGCCACCCUUGCCUGGCCUUGACCUAAAGGGCUCUGAGAGUCCCGAGAUGGGCCCAGAGGUAACCCCAGCACCUCGGGAUGAACUGGUUGAGGCAGCCUGUGCCCUGACCUGUGACUGGGCAGAGCGAAUCCUGAAACGGUCCUUCAGUUCCAUCGUUGAGGUCGCCCGCUUCCUGCUGCAGCAGCAUCUCAUCUCGGCCCGAUCUUCACAUGCCCACGUGCUCAAGGCCAUGGGGCUUGCUGAAGAGGAUGAACAUGCCCCUCGGGAACGGUCAUCGAAAUCUAAGAAUGGUGUUGAGAACCUAGAGGGUGGAGCCCAUAAGAAACCAGAGAGACCAGCCCAGCCUCCUCAGGAGCAGGAACCCCGGGCUGGGGCUGGCCCCCCAGCACGCGCAGAGCGGAAGAAGAAUGUAGUGGAGAGCCCGGCCCCCGCAGCCAGUAACCCGCAGGUUAAUGCCCUGGUGGCCCGGCUGCCUCUGCUCCUCCCCCGGGCCCCUCGCUCGCUUAUUCCGCCAAUCCACGUCUCUCCAUCCAUCCUGGCCCCCAAGCUUUCUCCAGGAGCUCUGAAAUUGGCUACGCUGCCUCUGCCCAGUAGGGCCAGGGGACCCCAGGCAGCCGUACCCAUCAUUAAUAUGAUCUUACCAACUGUUCCUGCUUUGCCUGGACCUGGACCUGGGCAAGCUCCACCUGGGGGGCUCUCUCAGCUACUGGGCACAGAGAAUAGGGAGGUAGGCAUAGGGGGUGACCCAGGACCCCAUGACAAGGGUGUCAAGAGGACAGCGGAAGUACCUGUGAGUGAGGCCAAUGGGCAAGACCCACCCGCUAAAGCAGCAAAGCAGGAUAUAGAGGAUACAGGAAGUGAUGCCAAAAGAAAACGGGGGCGCCCUCGAAAAAAAUCAGGUGGAAGUAGGGAAAGGCAUUGUACCCCUGACAAGGCAGCAGCUGCCGUGGACUCUGCCCAGGCCCCAAGGUUACCGCGGGAGACAUUGGCCUCUGGAGGGUCAGAGAGGCCAGGGACAAUGGGAGAGGCUGAGAAGGGGGUGGUGUUUGCCCAAGGUCAGGAAGAUGGUGCUGUGUCCAAAGGAGGAAGGGGCCCCAGCUCCCGCCAUGCCAAAGGAGGAGAAGAUAAAAUUCCUCUUGUCACCACAAAAGUGAGUGUCAUCAAGGGCGGUAGAAGCCAAAAGGAGGCUCUUCACUUGGUCAGGGGAGAGGCAGACACUGCAGCACAGGGUAAUAAAGACUUAAAGGGGCACGUGCUUCAAAGUGCCUCGUCCCAUGAGCAGAAAGACCCCAAAGCGACACCCCCGUGAUAGGUAUGUGGGGAAGCAUGUUAUGUUCAGGUGCGAACUCUACCUGAUUGCCCAUACAGGUCCCUGUCCGCACUCGCUUCUCUGGCUCUUGUUUUCUGAAGGGAAUUCACGCUGUUCUGUAUAGACAGCUGAAGUUCCCUUUCUUAACACAGUGCCUGCUUCCUGCCUCUGACCUUUGCAGCUCAGUCCCCUUGGCUUCAGAGUCACUAAUAAAUCUGUAGGGACCUCCUUACCUGGAUCCCUGUGCUACCCUACCCUGGGGGAAGAUAGGGAUGGAUGGAGUGUGAUGAAUAGUUAGGUUAGGAAUCUUUGGGUUUUAAACCAUAGAAAGCCUAACUCAAGCUGGCUUAAUAAAGAUCUGUUGGCUCAUGUAAAUGGAAAGUCCAGAGGUAAUGCUGGCUCCAGGUGCAGCUGAUCAGUGGCUCUGUAUGUCUAAAUGCCCGAGUGACUUUUCCACCCCCGCUGUUCUCUGCUCUACCUUCCGUCUGUAGGAUCACCUUCAGCCUGGCCCGACUUGGAGCUGCCAGCACUCCUAGAAUUACCUGUCUGCUCACUUAUGUCCAGACAGAAACAGGGCAUUUCUGUGCCAGGAAUCCUAGCAAAAACCCUAUGAUUCACUAUAUUAAGGCAAGCUCGAGUCACGUGUCCACCCCUAGCCAAUCCCUGUGGCCAGGGGGUGGUAUAUGCUAAUUUGCUUACUCAACAUCCUGAACUGCACCUGUGGAAAAGACGGACUCAGCAUCCACUGCUAGGAAGCUCAUGGGGUUUUAGCUUGCUAGGUGGAGAUCAGCCAUACCUGCUUUUUUUCCCUCAGAGCCUUGACAUUUUCCUUAAUGCAGCUGUAACCUCUUUCCUCUUAUUGUGGUCUCAGAAGGAAUGAGAGGGAAGUCACCCUCCUUUAGGGGCUAUCUCUUUAGUCCCAUUUAGAUGAGUCUCUUAUUUUCACCUAUGUCUCGGAGAUGGGGCUCCUUUUCCUGCUUCUGAAUUUUCCUUUCCCCUCAUUUCAGCUUCCCUAUCUCCCUCCCACCCUACUGCCACUUUCACCAAAUUGAGGGAAAGAUUUACUUCGUCAUUUUAUUAAAUUCAUUCUGCACCCACCAGGUGUCAGUCUCUUGUCAUACAUGUGUCAGGACUAGCCAGGACUGUGGGGUUUAGGCUAGCCAGACGGAAGGAGGUGGCUCUGUGCAUGGGGAGCACCGAUGGAGAGGCAAUCCAGACUCUCCAGGUGCAUCCUGGGAAAAGCAGUAAACCAGCCAGCGUUGGCUGAAGACACUUUGUCUUCUGCCUCUAAGGUAGCUUCUGUCAGGGAAUCUUGGUUCUUCCCAAGAAAGACAGAUUUUCUUUCAGGGAGACUUGUUCAUUUAGUUGUGCUACCGCAGAUUUUUAAAAGUUAUAUGUAAUGUUUGAUAUCUAUAAAGAAUGUAUUUAACAUAAAUAAAUUAUGAAGCCUAAUAAUUAAAUGACUACCUAUGAUUCAUCACCCAACUUAUGCAUUAACACAUUAGAAAUACCAUUGCCUUUCUUGGGUUCCUCCCUAUCCUAUCCCCUGCCUUUCCCUAGAGGUAACUACUGUCCUUAAUUUUGUGUUUCUUAAUUACCUACUAUAUAUAUAUAUAGAGAGAGAGAGAGAGAGUUAACUAUAUGUGUAUAUAUAUCCUUCUUAAAUCUUUUCAGUGUUGCUUUUUAGCUUUGCACAAAUUUUGUACUCUAAUAGUACCGUUGUUUGCUUUUCUCACGUAACAUUAUUUCUGAGGUUCAUCCACAUUGUUGUAGGUAGCUAUGAUUCGUUCAUUUUCAUCUGUAUGAUAUUUCAUCAAGUGCGUAAUCCACAAGUUAUUUAUCCAUUCACCUAUCAAUGGACAUUGGGGUGUUUCCAAUUUUUCGCUAUUACAAACAAUGCUGCUAUGAACAUUCUUGUACAUGUUAGUGCCUUUGUUUUCAGUAAGAUUUCUGAAAAGUUUUCUAAGAUGGUCCUUUUGGUCUAUACACCCUCUGAGUUGGGGACUGUUCCCUCUGUCUGAUUCUCUGGAAUUGUUUACCUCAGAUUGAAAGAAAUCAUUCCUUGUAAGUUUGGUAAAGCUUAUCUGUUAAGCCAUCUGAGCCUGGCAUUUCUUUGUGGUAAAAAAUUUUAACUAUUCUAUUCAAUCAUGGCUACUGGGGCUUUCUAUUUCUUCCUGAGUCAGUUUAGGUAAAGUGUUUUUCUAGGCUUUUGUAUAUUUUGUCUUUUUUUUUUUAAUGAAAUUUUUUUUUUUUUUUACCUCUCCUCUGGGUAGUCACACCCUCCUUUUCAUUUCUACUGUUUACUUGUGCUUUCUUUUUUCCCCCUUGAUCACUUGCACCAGAAAUUUGUUAUUUUACUUGUCUCUCUUCAGUUACUACUUUGGGCUUUGCUGAUCCUCUCCCUUAUAUAUUUGUUUUCCAUUUCAUUAAUUAUGGGUCUUAUCUAUAGUAUUUCUUCUGGUUGGUUUAGAUUUCACUUUAUGUUGUUUUACAACAUCAAUUUUGACACCUAUCUACUUAGUUUUCAAGCUGUCUUUUCUAUUGUGAGUUUUUAAGGACCUGCUUCUCUACAUUCCCCAAGUUUUUCUGUUGUAAAGCAUUUAAAUUAUUUAGUUCUAAGAAUAUUUACCGUAUGAUUUUUUUUUUGAUUCAUGAUUUAGAAAAGUUUUAUAAAUUUCCAAAUGUCUGGAUAUUUAAAAUUUUAUCUUUUUGAUAUUGAUUUUCAGCUUAAUCAUUUGUGCUCAGAGAAUGUGGUCUCUGUGAUACCAGUUCUUUGAAAUUUGUUGGGAUUGUUCUUUUACAUUCUGUAACUUAUCUUAGAUGUCCAUAUCUGUUUUGUUGUUGCCCGUGGUAGUUUGUUUGCUUGUGUAUUUUGUAUUUGGGGGUUUUGAGCUCAUAUUUUGUUAAACUUAAUCUAUGGGAAUCCAGAGGGCCUAAGCUGGGGGUACCUUGCUUCUGCCAGGAGCCAAAGGGUGCUCCUGACUUGGGACUGUGUUAGCCCCUUCAAGAGCCCUGGCUUAAUUCAGGAGGCCCAGGUUUCUCCCAUUCCUUGGCUAGGCCCAAAGUUUAGCCUCUGAUCACAAUACUGAUGUUGGCAUUUGUCCCCAGGGCAAACCUGCUUUUUCUACUUCAUGUUGCUCGUCCUUCGUGUAGGUUUCAGCUUCAUGUUAUUUUUUCUUCCUUUUGUGAUUUCUCUUACUUUCUAGCAAGCCCAGCAACAUGCUCAAUAUCAUGUCUGCUGUAAUCUGUCCAGGAUCUAGUUGUAUUUUAAUGGGACAGUCCUUUCCCGUAUCUAUGCUGCCAGAAGUAGGAGUCCACUAUUGUGGUUUGGAGCUUUUCCUUCUUGCAUUUUAAGCGCUAGGCACUUGUUAGAAGCUCGUUGGCUUAGGCCCUGCCUUCCAGUCAGGAAUGAUGGCAGCACAGUGUGACUUACAUUAGCAGUUAAGUACAGAGCUGUGGCAGCCCAGAAGAUUAGCACAUAGGUCAGACGGGAAUCAGGGCUGACUUCCCAGUAGAAAUGAGUAGGCGUUAGCUGGACAAGUCUAACUCAUAAAGCAAGAACAGGACAAUGUAAGACAUGGUAAAAAGACUUAAAUCUUGAUACUCACUCAAUUGCAUAGGAGCUGAAUGUACAUUCAGAGAGCUCACUUUGGGCAGAGAGAGGAGGGCAUUCCAGGAAAAGCAGGGGUCUGGGGAUGUGGGAUGUGAAAACAGGGAUGGCGGUACAACCCAGUAAAGAGACUUGUCAGGCAGAAAGGAGAUGUGAGUGACUACUGGUGAGAAAUAAACUAGAAGAAGAGCACAUGACCAUUAUAGUUAUCUGUUGACUGAAUGAAUGUAUGAAAGGUAUAACAAUUGCAUUAGAGGAUGGAGAAACUGGAGUAAAGAGGAAUCAGUCAGGCAGCUGUUGCCAUUAUCCAUGUAGGAGGAGAGGAGGGACUAGACCAGGCUGCUGACACAGUGGACGUGACGGGCAUAUGGGAAAAUAAACCACUGAGGAUAGAAUAGAUAGAAGCAUCCAAGGAAAUAUUGUCCUCACUGUGAUUGGGUCUGGGGAUGUCUCCAUUCACUUGGGGAGAACAGGGCACUGGAUGACUUUGAGAUUUACGUGAAUGUUACGGUGUUUUUAAGUAGUCUGUUAAAAAACUUACUCUAUUUUAAAAAUCUAACAUGAAACAAGGUAUGAUAUAGUUCAGGCAAUCUUUAGCUCAUUGGAUGACGGACUAAACUAGGAUUUUGGGGACUGUCUACUGCUCCUCUACCAUUCCUUAUUCUCUCCCCAGUACCUUGCUCCCCACUCCCAUUAACUCCCUCUCCCCCCGUGUCUUCUUUCAUUUUAGCCCUAUCAUAAAUGAAGUUAAAGAUAAUUUAUAAUUUACUAAAAUUUGAAAUAAUAUUUUGCUAUUAAACCAAGACAAACUCUAUGUCUAGUCUGUGGUCCCAAAUAAAUGAAUGUAUUGCUUA